AUGUCUGAGAAGUCCACCAUCAGUUGUCAGGAGAUUCGAACCUUUCCCACUUCUCUGCUCACUGUGAAAAUCCUGCAAGCUAGAAAUAUCAUUGUAGAUGACUUAUCAAGUGGAGCUGAUUGCUAUGUAACGCUAUGGCUGCCGACAGCUUCAAAGGAGAAAUUAAGAACUCGAACAGUCUUACACUCCAGUGCGCUUGUGUGGAAUGAAACCUUCUAUUUCAUGAUACAAAAUCAAGUCAAGAAUAUUCUGGAACUGAGGAUUUAUUCUGAAGAUGAUCUUCUCUUUACCAUUCUCUUUGAUGUAGCUGAAGUUGCUCCUGGUGAGAGAGUCCAUGUUACCUUUAUAUUAAAUUUGGAGAAAAUGAAACAACUAGAAGUGGAGUUCAUCAUGAAGGAAAAUUUGGAUCAUCUUGAAAAACUUAUCACAAAUGAUGUCCUUGUGUCCCGUUCAGUUUCCUGUUUAAAUGUUUGUGUGGCCAAGAGAAACAAUAAGAGGUAUUCAAAAGAGGAAGAUAACCUUGCAUUGCAAGUGAAAGGAUCAUAUGAAGACAGGUGGAAAACUGCUUUGGAAUCUGGAUUGAUAGAAUGCUUUCACUUCCACUAUCCAACAUAUUGGGAACCAGAACUGAAUGCCAUUCUACAGCAUUGCUCAAGUAAUGGGGAGCAAGAUGAACACCGUUCUUUUGCAUCAUUGACUUUGCCUCUAAAAUUAGUUUCAGCUGGGCAAGAGGUAAAAGUAGCUCUUCCUGUGUCAGAGGAUACUAGUCUGGAGCUGAGGUUACAUAGACAGUCCUGUUCCGAACAGCUUGAUAUGCGUUUGGGAUUUGAUUUAUGUGAAGAAGAAAAGGCUUUUCUACACAAACGAAAAAAUGUGGUUUCAGCAGCUUUGAAGAGUAUCCUCCAGCUAAAAAAAGAUCUCUUAGAUCAUGAGGUUCCAGUAGUGGCAGUCAUGGCAGCAGGGGGUGGAUGCCGAGCAAUGACAUCUCUUUAUGGUCAGCUGUCAGGACUUAAGAAGCUUGGUAUUCUGGACUGCAUAACGUAUAUCGGUGGUACUUCGGGCUCAACUUGGGCCAUGUCAAAUUUGUAUGAAGAUUCUGCUUGGUCUCAAAAAGAUCUUGGCAGGCCAAUCUGUAAGGCCAAGAAACAUAUGACAAAGAACAAGAUAAAUGUCUUUUCUCUAGAACAUCUUAUCAGUUACCAAAAGGAAAUGACACAGAGAGCUGAAGAUGGCAUUUCUACUUCUUUUAAUGAUCUAUGGGCUGUAGCACUUGAGAAUAUCUUACAUGGUAGGGUAAAUGAUUUUAAACUCUCUGAUCAGCAGCAGGCUGUGAAUCAAGGCCAGAAUCCCCUACCACUCUAUGUAGCACUCAGUGUGAAAGAAAAUCAUAUUUCUACUUUUGAUUUUAAAGAAUGGUGUGAAUUUUCUCCUUAUGAAGUUGGUUUUCUGAAAUAUGGUGCAUUCAUUCAUUCAGAAGAUUUUGGAAGUGAUUUUUUCAUGGGACGACUGAUGAGGAAAAUUCCAGAGUCCCGGCUCUGCUAUUUAGAAGCAUUAUGGAGUAACAUCCUUGCUGUGAAUUUUCUUGAUGUCUGGAAUUGCCUGAGCAGUACAGAUGAAUCUUGGCAGAAACUUAUCCAAAGCAAGAUAAGAAACAUUGAAGAAAGUUAUGUUCCACCAAAAAGCUCCACCUACUUGGGGACCUCUUGGAUGUGUCCUGAUGGGAUGCUUUUCAAAAUUAUAAGAAAUGUUUUAACUGAUUGUCCCCUCCACUAUCACAUCCACAACUUCCUUAAAGGGUUGCACAUGCAUAAAGACUACUAUCAAGACAGCCAAUUUUCUGUAUGGAAAGAUAGUCAACUGGACCAGUUUCCAAAUCAGCUUACACCAUCAGAAGAUGACAUUUGCUUGGUUGAUGCUGCAUAUUUCAUCAAUACUAGUUGUCCCCCCCUUCUGAGGAAGGAGAGAAAAGUGGAUGUCAUUUUAUCAUUUGAUUAUACUCCAGAUAACCCUUUCCAGUCCAUAGAACAGACUCAGAAAUACUGUUUGGAACAGGGAAUUCCUUUCCCCAGGAUUCUACUGUGUGAAGAAGACAUGAAGAAUCCAAGAGAGUGUUAUUUGUUUGUGGAUGAUGAAAAUAGAAAAGCCCCUAUUGUACUUCAUUUCCCACUUGUGAACGAUACCUUCCAGAAAUUUAAAGAACCAGGAGUGGAACGUGGUCAAUAUGAAAGGACUGUCCCCCUCUCUGGGCAUUGCUCUCCAUACCAUUUGAUGAACUUCAGAUACAGUGAGAAAGACUUUGAUGCACUCCUCAAGCUGACCGAUUACAACAUCAGGAAUAACAGAGAUAAGAUCCUGAAGGCUAUCUCCUUAGCUAUAGAAUGGAAAAAAAUGUCAGGCAAUUAAAUCUGUACCUAGGCAUCCAAAUCUUUUAGGGUUUCUUCUCUGUUCUCCCCUUCCACCUUCCGGUUAUCUGGCUUCCAUGUCCUUAUAUAACGUCAACUGUCAACUGCUGAAGCUAAUUGCAGCCAGUCAUAAAACAACUAAAAGCUGCAAUCCUGGACAAACCCAUCAAAGUAUCUGAGCAAACAUGUUUAGAAUUUUAUAGUAAAAAUUCCAAAGUGAAGACAUCUUGCUUCUUUUCACCUUUGCUUGUUCUUUGGGCCCAAAGGAGUCUAUUGCUACCAGAGAACAAACAAACAAAAGUAUUUUUUGAAGCACUUAUAAAUGAAUCAAAUGGAAGCAAAUGUGGAUGUAUUAGGCACAUGACAACAGCACAUAGCAUACACACUUGGGCUGACUUUGAAAUGAUCUUUGUGUGGUAAUUUCAGUAGCAAUUACUGUAGUCAAAAGAUAUGUGUGACAUGAGCAUAGGAUGUGAAUUACAAGUUUCACCUUCUAUUACAAGUUUGCUACAUAAUGCAAAUAUUUCUAUCAAUGCUGCUGCUUUUUUAUUUCAAGGCUAGGUGGGACUGGUUGCUUAUACAGCACUUUAUGUGGUAGCCAAACUCCUCAUGUGCUCAGAUAGGUUGUGCCAUAAAUUGAUCCCACCCCUGAGAUAGCCCCACCCCUGUGAUGUAACUUCCUGUAGCCUUGUUUUGGAAAUUAGCCUAAUGGAAAAAAACAGCCUUGGUGGGUGGGAAGAAGCCGUGGAAAAGGCAGGGGUUGAUACUUCCUCAUCUAUAUGAUUGGAGUUCUCAAAUUCUUAAUGUUUCAGUAACUUUAAUCUUCAGUCAUGUCAUGGAAACUGCCAUUAAGGUAACAAAUAAUCAAAACUUGGAAUGGUUAUGCUUGAAGCAAUGUGUUGCUCAUUAAUUUUGCUCAUGAGUGAUACCAGAUAAUUAAUACUGUUAUGUCAGCAUUAAUUUUUAAACUUUUUAAAAAAAUGUUAUUAGCUUUUAAAACGUAAAACAUAAAACAUAUAUUACCCAAAAAGAACAACUCUAUUGCCCAGGAGUUAGGCAUCGACUCAGGAACAGAAAUGGAGGGGUACUUGUGAGCCCCAAGAUACCCAGUGAUGGGCAAAGGCUCCAAAUGCCCUUUAAUUAAUGAAAAUAAUUGCAGUAGUAAUGCUUGCAAGCAGUAGUUCAAUCCUGGCCAUUGCUAGCAAAGGUGUGUAAAAUGUCUUCCUCGCUAUCUGGGCUUGUUUGGUUGGUUUUUUUUUGUAUUUCUGUACUGUUUUUCUGUCCCUCAGUCUCUCCACUUCCCAGUUCUUCCUGCGCAAAUCUAUUUUGCUAAACUCUUCUAUUGUGUAUGAAGGUGAUUUCUAACAUUUUCGUAAAUUAAUUUAAAAAAAAGACGCUUCAAUUAAUUCAAAAUGCA